AUGCUGAGCUGCGCAACAGAAACCGACUGCGUCAUCAGUGCCAUGAAGACCGAAGAGCAAUCCUUGGUACCUGGAUCUUCGAGUAACGACACCCAGAAACUGGCGACGCCAGCCGGCCAGCUAGCGCCGCUCGUGCCAGCUGGCAAGGCCCCGAAGCGACGCCAGGCCCCGCGGCGCGUCAGCUGGGCGCAGUUCCGGGCAUCCAAACUCCCACAAAUCAAGGCCGACCUGGAGCGCCAGUGGGAGAUGCUGAUGGCAGAUGCUGAGGCCAGAGACCUUCUGACGAUGCGUUACGACUCCUCGUCUCCACAUGCAGCGCUUGUUCAGUUUCGCGAGGAGCUUGACCGCAUGAUUGUGGAAAGGACCCAAACCCUGGAGCGAGGGGCAGCUGCUUCUGAGCCUGCGACACACGCUCCGAGGUCAUCACGCAGCGACGUUCCUCCUCCGUCAGCACUGUUACGUCGGCUCGGGUGGGCCCAGGGUUUUGCACAAUGA